UAUAUAGCGUCGUUAGCCAGUCGCUGGUCUCAGCUGAGCGUGCUCUUGCCAGUUGCGCUUGCGGCGACCUAAACCUCUCUGUAGCCUCUCUCGUUUUAUCCACAACACCCUCUUAAAGAUGAAUCGGGAGAGGCUUAUGAAGAUGGCCGGUGCUGUACGCACCGGUGGUAAGGGUAGCAUGCGAAGAAAGAAGAAGGCAGUUCAUAAGACAACAACAACCGAUGACAAAAGGCUCCAGAGCACCCUGAAGAGAAUAGGGGUGAAUGCCAUCCCUGCCAUUGAGGAAGUCAACAUUUUUAAGGAUGACAUUGUCAUCCAGUUUCUAAACCCCAAAGUUCAAGCGUCAAUUGCUGCCAACACUUGGGUUGUUAGUGGCGCUCCCCAAACAAAAAAAUUGCAGGAUCUUCUCCCUGGAAUCAUCAACCAAUUGGGGCCAGAUAACUUGGACAACCUGAGAAGGCUAGCAGAGCAGUUCCAGAAGCAUGCACCCAAUGCUGGUGCAACCCAAGAGGACGAUGAUGAUGCAGUUCCAGAGCUUGUGGCAGGGGAGACAUUUGAGGCUGCUGCUAACGAUGGUCAAACUUCCUAGAGAUUCUGAAGGAUUUCUUUAUAUAUUUUUUUUCUUUUUGGUUUUUGGCUUAUAUUCCCCAAGUAUUAUGCCUCUUUUUUUGUUUUUAAAUUACUGUUCUAUUUACUUGUUUUUUUCAGUCUCCUUGUGACAUAACUAGAAAUUAGUUAUUUUGGUUGUGUUA